AUGCCCAUGCCUAUGUAUGGGCCUCCGCCACCCCCGCCGCCACCGCCCCCUCAGAUGUACGCGGUGGCUCAGCCGGUGCCUCCGCCGCCUCCGCCGCCGCCGAUGUUCGCCCUGCCACCGCCCCCCAUACAGGUGGCUUUCUUACCGCCUCCGCCGCCACCGCCUCCGCCGCCGCCACCGAGAAACGACAACAUUGCCGUUGCGUACCCUGUGCCCGUUCAAAUGCCAAUGCAGAUUGCGGUGCCAGCCGCUCCUCCUUCGUUUUGCGGCCGACCGGGGCUCCCGGGCUGUCCUCCUUGCCCUCCUUGUAUUUGCACGCCAUCUUGCACCCCUGCUUUCUUCUCGUACUGUUCUCCGUGUCACCAGCAAUGUCGAUGCAAGGACAGGGCCGAUGUGCCCAGGCCACUGCCGCCCAUCCCUCCGGUGCCAGUCCCGGGACCCGCUUUUCCCAUGCCGAUGCCGAUGGCGCCACCGUCUGUAGUAGUAGUACCGGUGCCUCCGAUGUUGAGACGACCUCCUCCUCGCCGGUACGAAUCUUGUUCCGAAGAAUCGAGUUCUUCCGACGACUCGUCAUCCUGUGAAUCUAGUGAGGAUCGCCGACGUUCAGGGAAGCACUCGAAAAGACGAAGAUUCCACAAAUUCAAUAGAAGAAGAACAAUUACAUUCCGUAGACGUAAUAAAGACAACGAUGACACUAUUAUUAAGCCAGUUUUGUCAUUUGUCAACCAACAUGGGGAUGUUAAGAUCAAUAAACAGUUGAAUGAUUUUGAUGUAGCUGCGUUGAUGGGUGACAAUUCAAACGAUUUGAUCCAAGAACAAAUUCAGAGACAGCAUAAAAGAGUACAAAAUGUUAGAGUUAUGACUGAAGACGAUGAAGAGAAGAAAGGACAAGUUUUAGUGAUAUCAGACUUUAACAACGGAAGACGGAACGAACAGGGAGAUUCUGAUGACCAGAAAUCUGAGAAAAAGUUACACGGCGGCAGAAAGCAACUCAUCUUCAAACCUCCUCAGAACAAGAAGAUCAGCAACUUCUCAGUGUCAUUCCAAGUAGCAUAA